UGAUAAUAAGAUAGUAUUUCGGUACAAAGUUUAGUAUGUAGUUAUUACUUGAUUAAUAAAGUGAAAAAAAUUAAUAUGUGAAUUUAUUCUUCACACUUUCUACCUGAUUUUAUAAAUUUGAAAGUUGUACUUUCAAAAUAAUAACAUAACCACGAAUUUUAUAUUGUUUACUCCAGGGGUUUACCAGCGGCUAUUACAACAUAAUCUUUGUUUAAAGUGUUUAAAUACAUAAAAAUGACUUCUCACGGAAAAAAUGAGACGGAACUCCUGAAGAAAAACAUGGAAAGUCAAUUGGAUAGACUGAUUGAACAACUUAAAGACUUGGAAGAAGCAAAGGACGAACUAGAUGCAGAAGAGUAUGAGGAAGCACGACAGGACACUCUGGACCAACUUCAGGAAUUUAAUGAUAGUUUAGCCAAACUUGCAAAGGGUGAUAUAUCAUUGGUGAACACAAUGGGUGCUAUGCAACUUGCUAUCCAAUCGAAAGCCAUAUCUGGUGCAUUCAAAACAAAUGAAGUCAUUAAACUGUUUCGGAAAAUGGAACCACAGCAAUUAAAAGAAAAGCUUACUGGUUUGGAAGCUGAGUACAAAUUGAACAAAAUAACCAAAGAAGCUUUUGAUAAAUUAAAGGUGGAGAUCUUAAUUGUUCUAAGGCAAUUGGGAGAAGAAUUAAGUGUUGGACAGCUUUGCUUUCUGGAUGAAUACACAAACAAUGCUAAUAAUUUAAGUAAUGUUGAGUUUGUAGAAGUGAAUGAAUAAUUUUAUCAUGGGCAAGUUUUCAUGAGGCAUUUUGAGAAUUUUCAUCUUAUAUUGCUUUGAUGAAUAUGCUGGUAUUUUUAAAAUGUGCCCUGAUUUGCCAUUUUUGUUUAUAUUGAAGUCAAAAUAGAAAAUUGGAUUAUAUAUCAAAUCCAGUCUAAUUUUGAUAGUAAUAUUAUGGAAAUGUAAUAAUUAUAAAUGUUGCUUGACUGAUAUACCUUUGUGGGCGAUGUGUGCGGGCAAAUAUCAAUACUUUUCCUAUACAUAUGUACAUUUUAUACUGAAAUUAGGAAUUACGUUCCACAUAAUAUUUUAGAAAUCUAAGAUUUUUAACUUUAUAUUUUUAAGCUGAUGUAAAAUAAAUUUCUGGAUAUUGG